AGCAUUUUCAAUGUGUUUACUAAACUAGCCGUUAUAAGAACAGCAAUUUGAGAAAACGGAAGGAUUGGAACGUACAUCUUGGAACUGUAUCUAACUCGACAAUUUUUGACUUCCCGUAUCUUACUGAGAAUACYUAACCUCUUUGUGAUCGAGGUUGCACAAGACAUUUGCUGCAGGGUAUUUGUGGUUUCCCUGCCAUUGCUAUAUUUUGGAACAUCAGAACUGUAGAAGACUCAUCUGUGAAAAACGGUUUUAUUACGAAUUAAUUCAUGUGUCACCUACUCUUGGCAGUGCUAGUUUAUGCCGAAAACAAAUAGAGGACGAAAUUGUUGGCUACAAAUACUCUACUUGGAAAAGUGAAAAAAGAAAAAAGAUGGUGGAAAUAUUCAUCGUCAUUGGAGUUGUUGUUCUUAUUAUCAGCCUGGCAAUGGUGACAAAGUUUCGUGACUCUGUUAUAAGUUCGGACCUCUACAAGCGUGGUUUUGCUGUGCAUAUGAAUUUGUUCAGCAAAAUUCACAACCGUGCUGUCCUGAACAAAAAGAAAGAACUCUUCUCUACCAUGAAAACCACGAUGGAGAACAUUCAAGGAGAUAUUUUGGAAAUAGGUUCCGGAACAGGAGCAAACUUCUUAUUCUUCCCGAAGGGAAGUAUUGUUACUGCUUUAGACCCAAACCCUCACAUGGAAAAAUACCUCAAGAGCAAUGCCAGUCAGUUCCCUAAUGUGACUAUCAAAAAAGUAAUUACAGGAUUUGCAGAAGAUUUGUCAGCGAUAGAAGACAAUUCGUUUGCAGUUGUGGUUUGUACUCUGACACUGUGUUCUGUUCAAGAUGUGGCCACUGUUCUUCGGGAAGCCAAAAGGGUUCUAAAACCGGGUGGCUGUUUCUUUUAUCUGGAGCACGUAUCUGAUGACGAAGGAAAAUGGCGUCGUAGUUUCCAAAUUCAUCUGGAUAGAUUCUGGAAGUAUGUGAGUGAUGGGUGUUCGUGUGCAAGGGACAUUCCAAUCUCUCUGGACAAUGCCGGGUUUUCCACUGUUUUCUAUGAGAAAUUCUGUGCUGAUCAAUUGACAAUCUUUGCAUGGUUGAUGCGGCCACACAUUUCUGGCUAUGCUGUCAAGUGAAAAUCAUCAUCGAAGUCGUUUUGAGAAAGUCAUCAUUAAKUCCUGAUCAUGCCAACUAUGGACAUGUAUGKACGCUCUGGCAGUGCAGAUACUGUAUUGACAUCACAUGGAGUUACAAAUUGGUAAACAUACCCUGGGAYAUUGAAAUAGGAGUUAUAUAAGUGGGUCCCUCGUAUUAACAAUAAAAACAUAUAUAUUACAUAGAACUAUUCGCAUUCAUCUGGAAAUUAAUAAGAAAAUUGAAAUKUUCAUACUAGUAAAUUAGAAAUUACAAAAAGAAAGUCUUCUUCACGGUUCCCUCCGACAAAUGAAAGGAAGCCGUGCAUUUGYAUCAAAGUGAGACGAUUGGYGAGCGUGCAAUGAUUAAUGGAUAAUGAGUCGACCAAUACCAUCGAGUCCAAAAACAAAGAAUUGUAGGAUUAUAGUUUGAGCCUGGAGAAUUGUCUGUCUAUGGGUGUGACCAAAUGUUCCAUUAUCAUUGUACACUCACCGAUCAUCUCUCAGCUUUGACGCAAAAAUGCACAGUUGGCGGAGGGAACCUCGAAAGAGACUAUUCCUGUCGGUCACAGGUCAACAUUUCUUAUAAGAAAUGCACAGCGUGAUUGUUUGAUCAUCCGUUAGAUUUACAAGAUUUAAAUGAUAUUCGUACCAUACUUAUUCAGGUUUUUCAACAUAUACGAACAUGCAAUUAUAAGAACUGUUUGUUAGGCUCAUACCUAGGAUAACAUUAGUUAUUUUAGUAACGGAAAGUCCCUUUAAAUUUAGUAGUUAUGUAGGAUAAGGCUCUUGUAAUCACAGUCUUGUGCCAGUCAAACUAUCAAACUUGCAUAACAAUUCUGACAUUGGCGACCAGAGAUAGCUAUGCCUAUGGCUGAAAACUCAUCACGAGUCUACGGACGACAGUGCAUUCCGGAUCGGCCACCCGUGGAUAAGUGGCACUGUAUGACCAAGAAUCUUUGGAAGGACGAUUUAUUGUAGCCCUUAGGUUACAAGGAAAACAAUUUUUAACUUUCACAUGUAAAAUGUAUAUAUGACCAAGAAUAAAUAUUCGACUUACGUAGAUUGUAAGCACAUUCUUUUGUCAGUAAAAAAGAUAUAUCGGUUUCGUAUAC